CGGGCUCCGGCCCCCGCCAUGGCCGCAGCCCGCCCGGGGUCGCCCCGGCUCCUGCUGCUGCUGCUGCUGCUUCUCCUGCCGGGCGGCUGCCGCGCUUUGGAAGAAACACUGAUGGAUACGAAGUUGGUAACGUCUGAGUUGGCGUGGACGGCUCAUCCAGAGACUGGGUGGGAAGAAGUCAGCGGCUACGACGAGGCAAUGAACCCCAUCCGGACCUACCAGGUGUGCAACGUGCGGGAGAGCAACCAGAACAACUGGCUGCGCACCCAGUUCAUCCAGCGCCAUGACGUCCAGCGCGUCUACGUGGAGCUCAAGUUCACGGUGCGCGACUGCAACAGCAUCCCCAACAUCCCGGGCUCCUGCAAAGAGACCUUCAACCUCUUCUAUUACGAGUCGGAUACGGACUCCGCCUCCGCCUCCAGCCCUUUCUGGAUGGAGAACCCCUACAUCAAAGUGGAUACCAUUGCUCCCGAUGAGAGCUUCUCCAAGCUGGAAUCUGGCCGGAUGAACACCAAAGUGCGCAGCUUCGGACCCCUUUCCAAGAAUGGCUUCUACCUUGCCUUCCAGGACCUGGGCGCGUGCAUGUCCCUCAUCUCGGUCCGGGCCUUCUACAAGAAGUGCUCCAGCACUAUCGCCGGUUUUGCCAUUUUCCCCGAGACCCUGACCGGGGCGGAGGCGACCUCCCUCGUGAUUGCGCCGGGGACCUGCAUCCCCAACGCGGUGGAAGUAUCAGUACCCCUAAAGCUCUAUUGUAAUGGCGACGGGGAGUGGAUGGUGCCUGUGGGGGCUUGCACGUGUGCGGCAGGAUACGAGCCGGCCAUGAAGGACACUCAGUGCCAAGCCUGCGAUCCAGGUACCUUCAAGUCCAAGCAAGGGGAAAGUCUGUGCUCUCCCUGCCCUCCCAACAGCCGGACGAACUCUGGAGCGGCCACCCUCUGCACGUGCUGGAACAACUAUUUCCGGGCGGACACCGACCCCCCUGACAGCGCCUGCACCAGCGUCCCCACGGCCCCACGCAGCGUCAUUUCCAAUGUGAACGAGACGUCCCUGGUGCUCGAGUGGAGUGAGCCGCGGGACUCGGGCGGCCGGGACGACCUGCUGUACAAUGUCAUCUGCAAGAAGUGCAGCGUGGAACGCCGGCUGUGCAUGCGCUGCGACGACAAUGUGGAGUUUGUCCCCCGCCAGCUCGGCCUGACCGAGAAGCGGAUCUACAUCAGCAAUCUCAUGGCCCACACGCAGUACACCUUCGAGAUCCAGGCCGUGAACGGCGUCUCCAGCAAGAACCCCCAGAACCCCCAUUUUGCAUCAGUAAACAUCACCACCAAUCAAGCAGCUCCCUCGGCAGUUCCCACAAUGCACCUGCACGGCAGCACGGGGAACAGCAUGACUCUGUCCUGGGAGCCCCCAAAGCAGCCCAACGGAAUCAUCCUGGACUACGAGAUCAAGUACUUCGAGAAGCAGGGCCAGAGCGACGGCAUCGCCAACACCGUCACGAGCCAGAAGAACCUGAUGCGACUGGAAGGCCUGAAGCCGAAUGCGGCCUACAUGGUGCAGGUCCGGGCGCGCACUGUGGCUGGCUAUGGCCAGUACAGCCACGCGAUGGAGUUUCGGACACCGGUGGAAAAUGGAUCCAGCAGCAAGAGCUUCCAGGAACUUCCUCUUAUUGUGGGAUCUGCCACUGCCGGCUUGGUCUUCAUGAUAGCUGUGGUGGUGAUCGCCAUUGUCUGCUUCAGGAAACAGCAAAACAGUGCAGACUCAGAAUAUACGGAGAAGCUGCAGCAGUAUAUCACCCCUGGGAUGAAGGUCUACAUCGACCCGUUCACUUAUGAGGACCCCAACGAGGCUGUCCGAGAGUUCGCCAAGGAAAUCGACAUUUCUUGUGUGAAGAUUGAGGAAGUAAUUGGAGCAGGAGAAUUCGGGGAAGUCUGCCGGGGCCGUCUGAAGCUGCCGGGCCGCCGGGAGAUUUUUGUGGCCAUCAAAACGCUGAAAGUGGGCUACACUGAUCGGCAGAGGCGGGACUUCCUGAGUGAGGCCAGCAUCAUGGGGCAGUUUGACCACCCUAACAUCAUCCACCUGGAGGGCGUAGUAACCAAGAGCCGGCCGGUCAUGAUCAUCACAGAGUUCAUGGAGAACUGCGCCCUUGACUCGUUCUUGCGGCUCAACGACGGGCAGUUCACAGUGAUCCAGCUGGUGGGGAUGCUGCGGGGCAUCGCGGCCGGCAUGAAGUACCUCUCAGAAAUGAAUUACGUGCACCGGGACUUGGCUGCCCGCAACAUCCUGGUCAACAGCAACCUGGUGUGCAAAGUCUCCGACUUCGGGCUCUCGCGCUUCUUGGAGGACGAUCCCUCGGACCCCACCUAUACCAGCUCACUGGGCGGUAAAAUCCCGAUCCGGUGGACGGCCCCGGAAGCCAUCGCCUACCGCAAGUUCACUUCCGCCAGCGACGUGUGGAGCUACGGGAUUGUCAUGUGGGAGGUGAUGUCGUAUGGCGAGAGGCCAUACUGGGACAUGUCCAACCAAGACGUGAUCAAUGCUGUGGAACAGGAUUACCGCCUCCCACCCCCCAUGGACUGCCCCACGGCUCUGCACCAGCUCAUGCUGGACUGUUGGGUGCGCGACCGCAACCUCCGGCCCAAGUUUGCACAGAUAGUGAACACGCUCGACAAGCUUAUCCGUAACGCGGCCAGCCUGAAGGUCAUCGCCAGCGUGCAGUCCGGCGUGUCUCAGCCACUCCUGGACCGCACUGUGCCCGAUUACACCACCUUCACCACCGUGGGAGACUGGCUCGAUGCCAUCAAAAUGGGACGGUACAAGGAGAAUUUUGUCAACGCCGGCUUCGCCUCCUUUGACCUGGUGGCCCAAAUGACAGCUGAGGACCUGCUCAGGAUAGGAGUGACGCUAGCAGGACAUCAGAAGAAGAUUUUGAGCAGCAUACAGGACAUGAGGUUACAAAUGAACCAGACGCUGCCCGUUCAGGUUUGACCGCCGAGGACUCUGGGUUUGGAACGGACCCGCCAGGGGAACCUCUCCCUAGGAUUCUAGUUUGCGGUGCCGCCCAGCUGCCCGAAUUUGUGGGAAGGGGAGUUGCUCCCCCCCUCCCCUCCCGCCACUCCCUUAUCUUCACGUGGAGCUCCUUGUCUUGUCAAGAGACCUGUGGUGGAACGGACUAGGACUAAAGCCUAGCU